GCGCCUGUGCGCGUGCGCGGCUCCCGUCAAGGGGGGGCGGGGCGUCGCGCGGACUCUGAAAGCGAUGAGUGCGGAUUCCAGAGGAAGAGGAUUUCAAGGCUGGGGCAGAGGAAGAGGUGGAGGGAGCUAUGUAGGAAAAUGGAGAGGAAAAGGACAGAAAGGGGACUGGCAUAAAAACAAAGACAGACAUGAUUCUGGACCAAAUUCACAACCUCGACUGCUACAGUCAACACUGGAUGAGUUCGUACCAUAUAAGGGUUGGAAGCUGUAUUUCUCUGAAGUUUACAGUGACUGCUCUCCUUUUGUUGAGAAGACUAAAGCAUUUGAAAAAUUUUUUAUGCAACGCAUUGACUUAUAUGACAAGGAUGAAAUAGAAAGAAAAGGGAGUAUUUUGGUGGAUUAUAAGGAAUUGAUACAAGAUGCUGAAUUGACUACAUUAAUACCGGAUAUCGCAACUGAAUUAAAAGAUAUGCCGGAUAAAAUAUUGAACUGCCUGGGCCUGGCGAUUCAUCAGGUGUUAACUAAGGACCUCGAAAGACAUGCAGCUGAACUCCAAGCAGAGGAGGGGUUGCCUCGUGAUGGAGAACCAGUUGUAAAUGUGCCACAUAUCAAUGCGAGAAUAUACAACUAUGACCCCCUGACUCAACUGAAGAACGUCCGAGCCAAUUUUUAUGGGAAAUUUGUCGCUCUUCGAGGGACCGUCGUGCGUGUUGGCAACAUUAAACCUCUGUGCACUAAGAUGGCCUUUUUGUGUGCUGCCUGUGGGGAACUACAGACUGUUUCUCUUCCAGAUGGAAAAUACUGUCUCCCUACAAAGUGUCCUGUGCCCGAGUGCCGAGGGAAAUCAUUCCUGGCACAAAGAAGCUCUCCUCUCACAGUCACUGUAGACUGGCAGACUAUUAAGGUUCAGGAGCUAAUGUCAGACGAUCAAAGAGAAGCAGGUCGGAUUCCUCGCACAAUAGAAUGCGAACUGGUUCAAGAUCUUGCAGAUAGCUGUGUCCCAGGGGAUAUAGUCACCGUCACAGGAAUUGUUAAAGUGUCAAAUAGUGAAGAAGGUUCUCGAAAUAAAAAUGACAAGUGCAUGUUCCUCUUGUACAUUGAAGCAAAUUCUGUGAGCAACAGCAAAGGGCAGAAAACAAAGAUAUCUGAAGAUGGGUCAAAUCACAGAGCCUCAAUGGAAUUCUCUCUUAAAGACCUUUAUGCUGUCCAAGAGAUUCAGGCUGAGGAGAACCUCUUCAAGCUUAUCGUCAAUUCACUUUGCCCUGUCAUCUUUGGCCAUGAACUCGUUAAAGCAGGUUUGGUCUUGGCACUUUUUGGAGGAUGCCAGAAAUUUGUGGAUGACAAAAAUAGAAUUCCAGUGCGAGGAGACCCACACGUCCUGGUUGUUGGAGAUCCGGGAUUGGGAAAGAGUCAGAUGUUGCAGGCCGUCUGCAAUGUUGCCCCGCGUGGUGUCUACGUAUGUGGCAAUACCACUACAACCUCUGGCCUGACUGUUACACUCUCAAGAGAUAGUGCGUCUGGGGAUUUUGCAUUGGAAGCGGGUGCUCUGGUCCUCGGAGAUCAAGGUAUUUGCGGGAUAGAUGAAUUUGACAAAAUGGGGAAUCAGCACCAGGCCCUGCUGGAAGCCAUGGAACAGCAGAGUAUCAGCCUGGCUAAGGCUGGCAUCGUCUGCAGCCUCCCCGCAAGGACUUCAAUCGUUGCUGCCGCGAACCCCAUUGGGGGCCACUACAACAAAGCCAAAACCGUUUCUGAGAAUUUGAAAAUGGGAAGUGCCUUACUGUCCAGGUUUGACCUGGUAUUCAUUCUACUAGAUACUCCAAAUGAGGACCAUGACCAUUUACUGUCUGAACACGUGAUGGCAAUGAGAGCUGGGAAAUCUAAAAUUAUCCAGAGCGCUACUGUGGUUCGUCUGAACAGCCAAGAUUCGAACACCUCUCUUCUUGAAGUGGCUUCUGAUAAACCUUUAUCCGAGAGAUUGAAGGUAAUCCCUGGGGAAAACCUGGAUCCCAUUCCACACCAGCUGUUGAGAAAGUACGUAGGAUAUUCUCGUCAGUACGUCCAUCCCAAGUUAUCGCCAGAAGCCGCUCAAGCCCUUCAGGAAUUUUAUCUUGAGCUCCGGAAACAGAACUCAGGGUUGGAUAGCACACCCAUCACCACAAGGCAAUUGGAGUCCUUGAUUCGUCUUACGGAAGCCCGGGCGAGGUUGGAAUUGAGGGAGAAGGCAACCAAAGAAGAUGCAGAAGAUGUAAUAGAAAUAAUGAAGUACAGCAUGUUGGGAACUUACUCAGAUGAAUUUGGAAAUCUGGACUUUGAGCGUUCACAGCAUGGGUCUGGAAUGAGCAAUCGGUCGCUUGCUAAAAGAUUUAUAUCUGCUCUCAACACAAUCGCAGAAAGAACCUACAACAAUUUAUUUCAGUUUCAGCAACUUCGACAGAUUGCAAAAGAAGCAAACAUUCAGGUCUCUGAUUUUGAAAACUUCAUUGGAUCACUUAAUGACCAAGGUUACCUUUUGAAAAAAGGACCAAAGAUUUACCAGCUUCAAACUAUGUGAAAGGGCUUUCUCAAUGACAUUAUCUUCAGACGGGUAGUUGCCUCAUAAAUUGAAUUAAAUAAAGGAAAAUUAAAAUGUGUGUAGGGUACCCAAUAAGAAUUAGAUCCAUGUUUAUUGUUAGUUCAAUAAAAUACGCAGUUAUCCUCAAAAGACCAGCCAGUUGUUAAGACCACUUACAGAAAUUCUGCCCUAAAAAUGAAUGACAAUCUUAUCGUCGUCAUUGGCAAAAGUCAAGAAAGCCAAGUGUUUGGUUGCUAAAACUGGCAGACAACUUGGUGUUCAUUUUUUUCCCCCACCCCCUAAAUAGCCAACAAAAGAGAGACAGAAAGAAAUCCUUCCAUUUAUAGGAUUCUGAUUAAUCCCAACAGGUAUUCUAAAAUAUUAAAACCCAUUUGCAACAAUGUAAUGCUAAUGAAACAGUUUUUGCAUUAGAGGAGUUUUGGUUUCUUUCACAAAACUUACUUGAAAUUUAAUGAUUAUUUCCUUAUUUAGGGAAUUAAAGUUAUUUACUUGAUUUUUCAGGGUGACUUUGUUAUAGACUUUCUUUAACAUUUUAAACUGUUCAAUGGGGAAAUUUCAUACGUAUAUUAAGUUUAGUAUAUAAGCUUUUAUUUUGUAUAUUUUAAUAGUUAAUGUAAAUACUGAUGACUGACCUAAUUUAUGAAAAAUAUUUGUAGUCCUG